AUGGCGGCCAAUUCUGUCGGAGCUGUGGUGGGUACUUUUGGUAACUUCCUUGUUUGCACCGCGGUUCUUUACACAAGCCCUAGACUACGAAGAUGCUCUAACUAUCUUCUUGUUAGCUUGGCGAUCGCUGAUUUGAUCGUGACCAUGGUGUGUGAGCCUUUAGUCGUGGGAAUUGUGGCCAAGAAAACGUUUUUCAACGACUGUGCAUCAAACCUGGAGCUCGCCUAUGUUGUUUCUUCUAACUUCUCGUGUUCAGCUUCUAUCAUGCAUCUAGCGGCAAUCAGCGUUGAUCGCUUUCUCGCCGUUAUUUUCCCUCUCCGUCAUGGUCGCAUAAUGAAGAGCUAUGGCUUGAAGGUCAUGUUGAUAGUUGUUUGGGGUGUAGCAGCAGUGUUUGCAUCUCUUCGUGUGCCUUUGCUAAAAGAAACAGCUUAUAUGGUCCUUGUGAUAUUUGCCAUAAGUUAUUUUUUGGUCAUCGGAUGCUACUUGUCGAUCACGAUUUCGGUAUUUUUAAUCGCAAAGAGAAAGAAGCAGAAGCGAAAAGGUGGAACGGUUGUCGCCAGUACCAAUGCAGAGCGACGGCUUGCCUUCACGCUGGCUAUUGUAAUUGGUGUAUUCACAGCUUGCUGGUUUCCCAUGAUCGUUGUUUUCUUUGCCGCCGGGAAAUCUCUGGUGAAAAUGUACGGAACAGCNUGUGUGUACCGAAAUUAAAAAAAGGUAAAUUUUAUAAAAAGUGAACAAAUUCUUAAAAGAGGGUCCCCCAUAAUUAAUAGGGUUUUUUAACCCUGCAAUCCCCACUUAAAAUUUCGCGCACCCCCGGGUUCCCCAGGGUUUUUUUUUGCCCCCCCCCCCCCCCCAUUACGCCUUCUUUCCCCAAACCCCCCCCCCCCCCCCCCUCCUUUUUUUGCUUUUAGAUCGCGAAUCCCGAGCCUCAAAUAAGGGAAAUCCCGGAUCCCGAAAAAAUCUAUUGGAGACCCUCUCAUAGUGCCUGGUAGUUUAUACAACUAGGAGUAAUCGUAGCCUAGGAGAGCGCGUUUGACAUGUUUGUUAGCUAUUUGUAUAACAAGAACGCUCUUAGUAGCGUGGGUCCCGCUUGCUUGGAGACCAUGGGGAGGUAAAUUUUGUUGUCAAAGGCGGUGGUGCUGUUAUGCUACUUUUUCGUUUUGAAUACAAAACGAGUAUUGUAUGUCAUAAUGUAAAUAUUCAAAACGUAAAAAUUGCAAGCAGAGACAGGCUGCACAUCUGGCUUAGUUUCACACCGGUGUGAAACCUUUGGAAACCUUUUACAUAUUGAUAUUACUCCAAUGAGGAGAACUCUUUCAGGGAAUUUACACUCAGAACAUUGAACGAUGGUUUUUAUCAGUAUAAAUAAAUAUAUAUAGCUUCUAUGUAGCGGACCAAGAUACGGCUCGGUACAGUUUUUGUUCAGUACAGGAAAAAUCAGAACCUUAUAUAACAGACAGUUAAUUCAGUUUGCCCAUAUUCCUGUUGAAUUUGUUGUCCGUAUACUAAGAUAUCAAAAUCGCGCGAAAGUAAUUACAUUUUCCAUAGCUGCUUACUAUCUGCUUUUGAUAUCUCGGUACAGCUGAUGUUUACGCCAUCUCAGAGUACAAUUUUUAGAGCUGUACAGAGCAUGCAUUUUAUCACAGUACCACUGGGAUAAAGCGUUUCAUUUUCCAGGAAAAUUACACUUUCUCGUCAAAACAGUCACUGACUCAGUCAGACCCGGAGUAGUUUACUUAAAUUUAGAGCUUAGUACAGCGAACGUGGUUAUAUUAUGUGAAAUUUAUCUAUCUGCGGCCCACAAUGCCAUGACCACAGUGCACGAUUUAUUUAAAAUUUAUUUUAUGUCAAGUUUUUUUUAACCGAUCCUGGAUCCCUGAUCCACGAUCCUAGUUUUCCAGUAAGCCUCGAAGUUUUUGCUCAUUAAGAUUGUAAUUUUUUUCCGAUCACUAAAGUAAUCACUUGUUCUGAUUAAAGUAAUCAACGUUGAAGUUGCUUCCAGUAGUAGUCAAAGGUUAAAUCAUUGAUACCUCAAGUAUUUAUAAAGUGCAACGCGACUCCACAUCUUAACAACUAGGAAAAUCUAUCAAUUAAAUACAUACCACAAAGUGAAUCUAUUUAACCGUAGAGUUCUAGUAAUUGCAACAAUAUUCUGAAAAACGUAACGCCUUAAAGUGAUUCGCUGGUUUCGCACUGCGCAUCUCUUACUGCACAUAACAAGAUGGCCGCCGUGAUAAAGAGCAUCUGCUAAAACAAGCUCGACUAAUUAAUAGGUGUACAGGUAGCAGUGGGCUAAACCUCUAAGUAAAGUACAUGUAAGAGGGUCUCAUGGGGUGGUGGGUUUUGUGGUUAUCGGCUAAAAUUUUGGCUCUUUUACGGUUUCUCGGUUAUUUCUUUUUAGUUACGGUUUAAUUUCUUUUGUUUCAAAGAGAUAAAUAUUAAUAAACCUGUAUUUUUUCUAUCUUUAAAGCGAAAUAAAGGUCUUAGGAUGGUCAAUAAAAUUGGCUAAAAUUGGGAUACAGAAAAUUAAAGUCAUCUGGAAAGUUUAUUGAUACGUGGAGCCGCAAGCAGUAAAAUUUCUUUCCCGUAAUUUAAUCAGUUUUUUGCUUAAAUUACUGAUUAAAUCAAAAAUCAUCAAAGUUGACAGGUCUUUCUGAUAAUCAAAGCGACCGCUCGGUUAACCAUUUACAUCUUCAGUGCGAAGACUGUCACAAGAACAUUUACACCUUCAGCAUAAUUGCUUACCGUAACAGUGGUAGGUCGCUUCUGGUCGGUUUUAAAGAAUUUGACCGUGCCAUGUGCGCGUUGAAAUGUCAACGUUUAAACCAUACUGGAGCAUUAAAUUUUUGUUAUAAAGGCAAAGAGGCCGCUGAGUAGAAACUAAACUGUCCCAAAUUAUUCCGUUUCAUUGGUCUACGUUCAUUUUGAUGGGGCCUGUAUGAUGAAUUUACUUCACGUACGUAAACAAGAUCGAGUUGUAAAACAUUUCAUUUUGCUUUUGUGGAGUAAAUUCAUCUUAAAAUAGUCCAACCGGUUAACCACUUUCUUCGCGUACUUGUGAAAAUGAGCUAAAGUGCGAAAAUUUUCUUGUCGUGUAUUAGAUUUCAGUAUACAUAUUGUUAAUCUUCAUUUCGCGCCAGAAUAGAUUAGUUUGCGCGCAAAGGGCUUAUAUAAAAAUCACAAGGUUUGUUCCACUUCGAGUCCACCUUCUAGAUAUACGCCGGCUUGGUAGCUGGAAUACAUACACACUUUUUCUUCCUCGUCGUUUUUUUCCCACGACAUUUGUUUAGAUUUGUAGUGCGAAUGCAGUGCAUAUCGGUGGAUUUUACUUCAUCAUGUGGCUUGCUACUUUUGAAGAAGAGUGCCGGAUUUGCUUUGCUCGCCUUUAAUUUGUUGUCGAAUGCAAGGUAAAAGAACGGACUACUGUAAGGUAAGAACUGAAGUUUUAAAUUUGUAUCCCGGCGAAAAAUAGCACAGAACUCGUAAUACCCGGUGAAUAUUACCUCUCUGCCUAAUGUCAUAUGACGACUCCUCACUUUUUCGAUGGGCAACACGGAGACAAACAACAAUUUCUUUCGCAAUUUUAAGUAUAAUUUACUUAUCGAGACCAUUUGAGGUCGAUUUUUCAGUUCGUUACAUGCUUUAUUACUUGGCGGCUUAUUCCGGCUACGUGUGAGGAGUGAGAUGACAACGUUUGUGUGCUACAAUUAUACUUGAUAAUUUCUUACACCUUUGUACGGAUCGAUGAAACUCAUGAAAGCCAUACUUGUUUAACCCUAGCAAAAAACUCUUCUAUUAUGGAGAAACUUUACCUGAUGGUUGCACUAAAAUCUAAUAAUUGUCACUGCAUUUGCUCUCUGCAACCUCGUGGGCAGAAUAACCUGAUGGUUAUCCUAAAAUCUAAGAACAACUACCUUUACUCUUUGUACCCUUGUGGGUAGAACAUACCUGAUGGUUGCACUAAAAUCUAAUAAUCACUGCAUUUCGGCUCUUUGUAACCGCGUGGGUAGAACAUACCUGAUGGUUACACUUAAGUCUAAUUAUUCAUUCAAAAUAUUUCCCCGAUUCUGAUUGGCUAAAAGCACAUGCAUAAUUCACCAUAACCAGCUACUGAUGACCAAAUUUGGAACAAUUUUGCGUUUAAUGAACCGAUGAUGUCAAAAGUGCAGCUUUCUUGCAGAUUAAUGCACCAUUAACCAACGUUGUUCAAACUUGGUCAUAAUUGAGGUAGCUAAGUGAGGUACAAGCUCCCUUAAGCGAGUUUUAAAAAAAUCCCUUGGUACCGAGAAAUACAAAGGCAAGGAAAAGCGCAAUGGCGUCCCUCGUUACUUUACUAUGGUAAUUCUGAUGUCAAUAACACAUGGAUCUUCACAAAGUUUCAUCUUUAUAAUUAGUGCAGGUGUGGUAACGUUUUUGGGAUAUCUUUCUUAAUGCUGACGUAGUAAACGCUCAAAGUGGGCAGGUAUACUCCCUAAAAAAUCCAGUGGAGCCACCUUAAGAUCUGAGGACGGCGACGGCUACAAAAACGUCACUUGAAAAGUGAAUGCUGGCUGCUUUAAACUAUAUAACGCUUAAUUACUUCGUCGAUUAAUUCGUCAAAUACGUUGUGCCUCAUUUUGACGCUCUAACUAGCGUGGUGAUUCGUGGUCAAGUGUUCCUGUCUUCGUAAAGCGUUUUUGAUUUUCAAACUUUGUCAUAAUUGAGGCAAUCAAGGGAGGUACAAGCUCCCUUAAGCGAUUUUUGAAAAAAUCUCUUUUUACCGAGAAAAACAAAGGAAAGUAAAAAGUAUAAUGGCGUCUUUAAAUUACUAUGGUAACUCUGAUGUCAAUAGAACAUGGACCCGUAACAAAUUUUCAUCUUCAUAUAAUACAGCUGUGGCAACGUUUUUUCGAUAUCUUUGUUGAUGCUGACGUAGUACAAGCUCAAAGUGGGGAGGCAUACUUCCUAAAAAAUCCAGUCGAGCCUCCUUAAGCUCCCUAUUAAUCCGCCUUACACGGUCUGUAACGGAACAAUUUACAACAGGAGGCUUUUUAUCUCCUCCCUUCAGUAAAUACUUCUUAAGAACGUUGUUAAAUAGUUUACGCAUGAUUAUGAAAUUGAAAACGGAUUAGCGUUGAAGCGGUUUCUACUGAGAAAGUGGAGACGUAACACCAAAUGUUGGUAAUAAGAACGGGCAUGUCUAACGUAGUCUUAUCGCCACGGUUGACUAUAUUAAGUUUCAUUCUUUCAUUUCCAUUGUAGAAUCAGGGGCGUAACAUCUACAUCUUUAAUCUAUAAAGGUUUCACAUAGAUGUGUUCAGGUAGAGCUCACAGCAUUGAGAUACAGGUUACAUGUUUUUAUGUAUAAAUCAUAAACACCAUCAAAUAUACGGUACUCAUGUUGUAACAAAUUAAAUAAUUAAAUUACUUAUGGCUCGUUUGAAGCCAUAAUAUGUUUUAGAUUUAAAGUCAGUCAGAUUCCAGUCCCUAAUACCAGCCAAAAAUAGUUGUGGGUAUUUCCUGACGAGGAGGGUUGAAUUAACUCCUUAUAGGAAUUAUACUGGCGGGUGAUAAUUUUUCUCUUAGGCUUAUUAUGGUCAGGUAAAUGGGUCAGCGUAAAUUUACAUACCUGUCUCAAUAGACAUUCUUACGAACUACUAAAAGCGAAACUUGGGAACUGUCUUGCAUAUUUAGUCACCCUUGCGUAUUUAAAAUCAUUGCGGCCGUUCGUUCAAUUCUCGUUUGGAUUUUGGAUUUGUCCAAAACGAAACAGCUUCUUUACCUUUAAACAACCAAGCAUGAAAAACAGUUCGAGUUCUCUGGAAAACACCAUCAACCUCUCUGCUUCAGACUGUUCCCUUCCACUGGCUCAUGGCAUUGGCCUAAUGGCGGCCAAAAGACAGCCUCGACACCACCCAUGA